GAUGUUGAUCAUAUUUACAAUUAUGAGUUUAUCCCAAAGCGUGCAUGAGGUUACAGUAAAACACAAUCUGCAGCGCCGCCACAAUGCUUCCCCGCUUCACAAUUUAUUCAACCUAGGGUGUCUCAACGGCUGGAUCAAAAAAGCAAUUUGGUCACUCGAUCCGAGCCAAUCUUCACUUCACACUUGAUCCGACCCGUUCUCUUCUGCAGAAGGGGACUUUUAGAAGCUGAAAGAGAAGCGCCGAGAUGAACGCGACGAAGUCGUGAAAAUGGACAUAAAAUUUCAUUUAUCCUACAGACCAUCUCCUCUUCUUUACGCCGCAGAUUCUUACGAGCUCCUCAAGUGAAGUUCCUAGUCAUUUUACCACACUCACUAGUUGGGUGCCGCCAAUACAGUCUUCUCACACACCCGGGCCUCAACCCAUCCGAAGCAAACAUGGGCGACAGAACCGUCCACGGAGAAUGGGCACCAAAAUUCCAACUUGGAAAUUGCGCUAUUCACCUUCAUCUACUACCGACUGGCAAGGUACUUUACUGGGGCCGACGCUCUGCUGUGCACAGCAUGGAUUAUUGGACCCUCAAUGAGCACAAAACCCACGUCUACAUCUUGGAUAUCAACACCCUAGAGAGUCAGCGCACCGCUCAUGACCCGAUGAACGAAGAUGAGCUUUCCGUGAAUCUCUUCUGUUCCGGGCACACGUUUCAACCAGACGGUACCUUGGUUAUUUUCGGUGGACAUGUCCUGGAUGGCUUCGGGGAAGACCAAGCUUGUGUUUACGAUCCCUUCCAAGAUAAGUGGACGACAAUGCCUAUGAUGGCUGCAGGUCGCUGGUAUCCCUCUGCUAUAACUUUGUCUGAUGGUAGAGGCCUUGUUGUGUCGGGCAGCUCACAAGAUGUCACAAACCCUGUGAUCAACCUGGUCCCCCAGAUUUGGGACUCACAUACAAGUACAUGGGGCAUAGUCCAAACACCUCUCGUUGAUAUUUUCGCUCUUUACCCCCGGCUUUACCACGUUCCAGACGGAAGAAUAUUCAUGGCGGGCCCAUUGAGAAGUUCUCGUUUUCUGGAUUUGAAUGCUCAUGGUGGCCAUGGUGAAUGGUCGAGCGAUGCCGAUUCGCCAUUCCGCAAUGCAGGUCAGCGCGAGUACGCCGCUUCAACUAUGUAUGAUAGUGGCAAGAUUCUUUACGUUGGUGGUGGAGGUGGUGAUGCUGUUCCUCCCACCAAUGCUGCAGAGAUCAUUGAUCUGAACGACCCAAAACCAGUCUGGAAAUAUACGACUGAAAUCGCCCAUGGGCGCCGACAUUCCUUUGCUACCACGUUGCCCGAUGGCACUGUGCUUGUGACUGGAGGAACCAAAGGGUUAGGCUUCAAUGACUUGUCUCCGGGUCAGCCCGUACAUGAGCCUGAGCUGUGGGAUCCUGCUACUACAGAAUGGUCUACGAUGGCCCCGGAGGACGACGAUCGCUGCUACCACCACACCGCAUUACUACUACCCGAUGGCAGAGUUCUUUCAUCUGGUGGUGGGGAAUACGAUCCAGACAAUCAAAAGAGACCCAAUGAGCCUGAACACACUCUGAUCACCGCCCAGAUAUUCAGCCCACCUUAUUUGUUCAAAGGCGAACGACCGACCGUCAGUAAACCGCCAGAGGUUGUCGAAUAUGGCAAGCAAUUCAAAGUCACAGUCGGUGAACACGAUGUGAUUGGUAAGGUGAGCUGGACACGGCUUGGAUCUGUCACUCAUUCACACAACAUGAACCAAUCGUUCCAAUUCUUGGAAUUUGAAACCAGUGGGACAGAGGUCACCAUAAAAACGCCAAACAAUCAUUUCUUGGCUCCACCAGGUCAUUACAUGCUUUUCCUUGUGAGCGAGGAAGGCGUACCAGCAGUGGCGCCUAUCAUGCUACUUAGGCCGGAUGUUGAGAUACCUGUACAACCACAGCUGCCCCCUGGGUUUUCAAAAUACGGUGCUGUUUUGGAGAAAAAUAUCGGUGUGUCCCUUGAGAUGCGCAAUCAGAAGGUCGUCUCAGAACAGGAAGGGCCACCUGUCAUUGUUGGUCUUACGCCCACUUGUCCCUACGGUCUCGGUGCUUGCUGGGGUGGAGCUUAUGAAGCACUGAACAGCAUCAAAGAUAUCAAGACCGUCCUUCCGAGACCAAAUGCAACCAUCUCAGUUGCCUUUGUUUACCUUCACGAUGACAUUCUGCCCGAUAUCAACGUAUGGCGGAAGGAGCUCUUCGAGAUCGAUGGUGGCACGUACAAUAUGCGCGGCAUUGAGAUGACACUCAAUGGUGUAGUUACCAAGGAUGGCAGGCGGCUAGUACUGUCCGGUACAUCCACUCGACCUGAAGUGGUUCUUAACCAGUUCCUGGUAGAUAGCAAGCUCGAAUGGGAUAACGUGGCGAAGGUGCCCAAACCACUUACCAAGGAAGAGACCAGCGCAUAUACCCGGUUACACCAAACAUUAGUCUCUCAUCCAGAGGGAUUGUCGCUGCAGGUGACUGGGCGGCUGCAAAUGGACGAGAACAACAAGUAUUCUUUGGAUGUCAAAGGCUUCGUGGAACCUUCCAAAACCGGCUAGGGUCACACCACAUAGGUAUUGGUGUUCUUCAUUUGAAUCAGAGUAAUACACCAUGCAGCUUUUAUGAUUUGGCAGGCUGAUUUGGGUUGUCCAAGGCAGUGUUGCGACGUGCCUCCGGGAGUCAUGUGGAAGGGUUUAUGUUGAGAACGACAAGUAGUAGACUGAGAUCAGAGCAGUUGUAACUAAGUAAAAGAAUUACUAUUUGACUUACGCAUGAAGCUUUAUAUAUCA